UAUACCAAAACAUACCAACUCUAGCUAAGCCACUACUACCAUUAACUAGUCUAUUACAAUGGAUACUAGUACUAUUAACCUUCCCGGCUUUAGAUUCCAUCCAACAGAAGAAGAACUCCUUGAUUUCUACCUUAAAAACUUGGUGUAUGGCAAGAGUUUAGGUCUCGACAUAAUCGGGAUUCGUAACAUUUAUCGUCACGAUCCUUGGGACUUACCAGGAUUGGCUAUUAAUGGAGAGAGGGAGUGGUACUUCUUUGUGCCAAGAGACAGGAGGCAUGGCAGUGGAGGGAGGCCUAACAGGACAACAGAGAAAGGGUUUUGGAAGGCAACUGGUUCUGAUAGGAAAAUUUUCAGCCUCUCUGAUCCAAAGAGGAUUCUUGGACUCAGAAAGACACUUGUUUUCUACAGUGGGAGAGCACCAAGAGGAAACAGGACUGAUUGGGUCAUGAAUGAGUAUCGUCUGCCUGAUUCUUGCAACUCUCCUAGAAAGGACAUUGUGUUGUGUAAGAUAUACAGGAAGGCAACUUCCUUGAAAGAUCUUGACAAGAGAGCAGCAAUGGAAGAAGAGACGAGGGCAAAUACUACUUUUACUUCUUCUACUUCAAUCCAUCAAUCUCCAUCACCACCCCAAGUUUCUUCAUUGGACACCAUCAUGUCAUUUUGUAUCAACCAAGAAGAGUCAAUGGCACCUGUUUGUGCACCAAAUUGGGUUUUCAAGCAAGAAGCAGAAGCAGAAGUAGUAGAAGAGAAAAAUGAAGGACAAGCCCCAGUGACUAAAUUGGGCAGGGGAAAGUUGCCGGAGCUCCAAGUACCCAAAUUGGGCAUGGGUCAGGAAUGGAACCAAGACCCUUUUUUGUUCACACCCAUGAUUAGUCCUUGGCUCCACAAUUUUACCACUCCGACUUAUGCUAAUGUUCUCAAUUUUUAGUGGUGUUUGCAGAUAACCCGAGAAGCAAAUUAGGUAAUUAUCAAGACUUUCUAUGUCAUCUCUUCUCGUUCAUCUUAUAAACCACAUAACUUGAUACUCUUCCAGCGAUGUCGGACAUUUUCAUGUUCCAACGGUUACAAUAAUCGUUGAACUGAGUCUGAUAAGAGAAGAGGGUGACAAUAACUGUAAUCCCAAGUUUAGAAGCAGAGUAAGCAUGUCUAGUUGUGCAUUAAAAUCCAUGUAAAUCUACUAUAGUGUUUACUACUUUGUUUUCCUCCUGCUUGUAAUUUUUGGACUUUGGAGUUUUCUAUGGAAAAUGAUUGAUAAAGCUUAUGCGUG